CUUCACGCUCACGCGAGUUCUCUCCGCGCAGAUGAUGAGGACAGCGAUUAUCACCAGGAGCCCUACAAGGAGUCGUACAAGGACCGGCGCAGGCGGCACACCCAGGCGGAGCAGAAGAGGCGAGACGCCAUCAAGAAAGGCUACGAUGACUUGCAGGCUAUCGUUCCCACCUGUGAGCAGCAGGAUUUCUCCAUAGGCUCCCAGAAGCUGAGCAAGGCCAUUGUCCUCCAGAAAACUAUUGACUACAUCCAGUUCCUGCACAAGGAAAAGAAGAAGCAAGAGGAGGAAGUUUCUACCCUCAGGAAAGACGUGAUGGCCUUGAAGAUCAUGAAAGUAAACUACGAGCAGAUUGUGAAAGCUCAUCAGGACAACCCGAACGAGGGGAAGGACCAGGUCUCUGACGAGGUGAAGUUCAAUGUUUUCCAAGGCAUUAUGGAUUCCCUGUUCCAGUCCUUUAACGCCUCCAUCUCAGUAACGAGUUUUCAGGAGCUCUCGGCUUGCGUCUUCAGCUGGAUUGAGGAGCACUGCAAGCCCCAGACACUGCAGGACAUUGUGAUCGGGGUCCUGCACCAACUGAAGAGUCAGAUCUACUGA